AUGGCUGCGACAGUCUGGACUCUGGUGCUAAUGAUGGGGGCUGCCUAUGGCCAGGGCUACAUUCCCAUCUCAGUCCGGACUGAGAAGCCUCCAGACCAGAAGUCAUUUGCCCAAACUUCUAGGGACAACUCCAUUAUCAGCCAGUGUGAUUUUGAGGACAACUCCAAACCCUUCUGCGACUGGACUCAAGUAUCCACAAAUUACGGGAACUGGAUUCGAGUCAAAGGGCCCUCCAUCAUGGGCAGCACCGGGCCCACUGGGGGUUACCCCAAUGGAGAGGGCUACUACCUGCACCUGGACUUCCGCACCGCCCAGCAGGGCAGGGUGGCCCGCCUGCUCAGCUCCCCCAUUUGGGUGCAAGGCCCUCUGUGUGUGCACUUCGCCUACUACAUGUUCGGGCUGACGUGGGGUGCCCAGCUCAAACUGCUGCAGCUCACGGGCACAGAGAGCCAGCACCCCGACCUGCUUUGGAAACACGUUAACAUCCAGAGCCCCUCCUGGAUGCCCACCACUGUCACGGUGCCCACGGGGCACGUCCUGCCCAUCCAGCUGAUAUUUGAAGGAGUGAGGGGCAGCCCUACUUCCCUGGAUAUCUCUCUGGACUCUGUCUCUAUCCGUCGUGGCGCCUGCAGCAGGGGAUCUGUGCCAACAAUGCUUUCUUCCAAAUAUCCAGUUUCCUUUACUGGCCCUUCUGAGACCUUGUUCUCCACGGAAAAACCCACUGAAAAACCCACACUCUCCACUGAAAAACCCACACUCUCCACUGAAAAACACACAGUCCCCACUGAAAAACACACACUCCCCACUGAAAAACACACAGUCCCCACUGAAAAACACACAGUCCCCACUGAAAAACACACACUCCCCACUGAAAAACACACAGUCCCCACUGAAAAACACACAGUCCCCACUGAAAAACACACACUCCCCACUGAAAAACACACAGUCCCCACAGAAAAACACACACUCCCUACUGAAAAACACACAGUCCCCACAGAAAAACACACAGUCCCCACUGAAAAACACACAGUCCCCACAGAAAAACACACAGUCCCCACUGAAAAACACACAGUCCCCACAGAAAAACACACAGUCCCCACAGAAAAACACACAGUCCCCACUGAAAAACACACAGUCCCCACAGAAAAACACACAGUCCCCACUGAAAAACACACAGUCCCCACUGGAAAACACACAGUCCCCACUGGAAAACACACAGUUCCCACUGAAAGGCCCGCAGCUUUUAUCACACACGCACCCACCAGCCUUACACCCUUGAUGUUGCCUAUUCAUCAUAUUAGUGCCGCCGUAUCUACUAUGACCUUGGCCACCACUACAACCCCUAGAUCUACUCCAGCAAGCUGCCCCCCAAAUGCCCACCAUGAAAUCUGCGCCUGCCCAGCAUCCUGCCAGAACCCCAAGCCCAACUGUGAGCUCUUCUGCAAGCCCGGCUGUGUCUGCAAUCCCGGCUUUUUGCUUAGUGACUCCCAUUGCAUCGAUGCCUCUUCCUGUAACUGCUUCUACAAUAAUAAUCAAUAUAAGCCUGGGGCAGAGUGGCUCAACUCCAACUGCACAGAACGAUGUCACUGCUUGCCUGGCAGCCGAGUACAGUGCCAGGCCUUUCAAUGCCAGGGAAACAAGUUGUGUCAGCAGAAGAACGGCCAGUAUGGAUGUUAUACCUAUGGCUCUGCCACCUGCUUGGUCUAUGGAGACCCUCAUUAUCUGACCUUUGACGGGAGGCACUUUAACUUCAUGGGAAAAUGCACCUACAUCUUGGCCCAAUUCUGUGGCAACUCGACAGAGCCCUUCUUCAGGGUGGCAGGGAAGAACGAGGAGGGCGCACAGGAAGGCAUGUCUUGCCUGAACAAAGUCUACGUGACGCUGCCUGAGACCUCCAUCACCCUGCUCCGGAGCAGGCGCACGCUGGUUGAGGGUCAGCAAGUCAAUCUCCCGGCCAUACCUUCUACAGGUGUCUUUCUGCAUUUAAGCGGGCGGUUUGUGGAGCUGCAUACUGCGUUUGGUUUGCGGAUACGCUGGGAUGGCGACCAGCAGCUGUUUCUGAGGGUGCCCAGCACUUACUAUGGCAAACUCUGCGGUUUCUGUGGCAACUACGAUGGCAACAGUGGCAACGACAACAAGAUGCCUGAUGGCAGGGCAGCACACGAUGAGGAGGAACUGGGCAUAAGCUGGCAGACAAUAGAGGACACCGAGGAGGAGUGCCAGAGCAAUGCAAACCCCUCAUCUUGCAACUCAACCUUGCAGAACACUCUAUCGGGGCCAGAGCUCUGUGGACGGAUCACAGUCUUCCGCGGAGCCUUUGAGACAUGUCUGCCUCACCUCUCGGCCUCUUACUUCUUCAACAACUGCAUGUUUGACAUGUGUAAAUACCAGGGGCUGCAGCAGAUGCUGUGUGUCCAUAUGGCAGCCUUGACCGAGGCCUGCCAGGCUGCUGGCUACACGGUGAAGCCCUGGAGAGGACCCCAGUUCUGCCCUCUGGAUUGCCCACCCAACAGCAAGUACUCCAUCUGUGCCAAGCCGUGCCCUGAGACCUGCCACUCCAACUUCUCUGUCACGUACUGCCAGGACCGAUGCGUGGAGGGCUGCGAGUGCAACCCUGGCUUCGUCCUCAGUGGUUCCCAGUGCAUCCCCCGAUCCCAGUGUGGGUGCCUGGACUUCAUGGGCCGCUAUAUCAUGGUAGGGCAGCAGUGGUUUGCACCAGACUGCAAACAGCUCUGUAUCUGUGAGGGCAACAGCAAAAUUCACUGUGUGCUCUGGAAGUGCGGUGCUCAGGAGAUCUGCAGUCAGGAGGACGGCAUUUAUGGCUGCCACGCCACAGGGUCUGCCACCUGCACUGUCUCAGGGGAUCCCCACUACCUGACAUUCGACGGAGCCCUGCACCACUUCAUGGGCACCUGCAGCUACAUCCUCACCCAGCUCUGCUUUCCGAGGUCCUUCGACAACUACUUCAUCGUGAGCGCCACCAAUGAGUUCCGGGGCGGGAACGCGGAGGUCUCCCACGUGGCCGCCGUCCACAUACAGAUCUUCAAACAAAGAAUCUCGCUGAUCAAAGGCUACAAGGUCGUGCUGAACGGUCGCCGGGUGACCCUGCCUGUGUGGCUUGCACAAGGCCGGGUAGGCAUCAGGCACAGUGGCCUUUUCAUUUUCCUCUACACGAACCUGGGGCUUCAAGUUCGCUACGACGGGAACCACCUGGUCAAAGUGACCGUGCCCUCCACCUUCGCCAGCCGGCUCUGCGGGCUGUGCGGAAACUACAACGGCAACAGCUCAGAUGACAAUCUGAAACCAGGGCGGAGACAGCCUGCGGCCAGCUCCAUCGAACUGGGGGUUGCCUGGAAGUCAGAUGAAUUCUCUGAAUCUGGCUGCUUCUCUGCGGGUGGCAAGCCCCCCAGAUGCCAGGAGAAGAAAGUGGCAGCCGCCUGGAGUAAGAACUGUAAUAUCUUAAUGGACCCCCAGGGCCCCUUCUCCCAGUGCCACAAGGUGGUGGCCCCAGACUUCAGCUUUGCCAGCUGUGUGCAUGGCCAGUGUGGGACCAAGGGCGACGCCCUGACCCUGUGCCGCUCCCUGCAGGCCUAUGCCUCCCAGUGUGCGGAGGCCGGCCAGCCGCCUGCCUGGCGGAACAGCACCUUCUGCCCUCUGAAGUGCCCUGCUAGCAGCAGCUACAGCCACUGUGCCAACCCUUGCCCAGCCACCUGCCGCACCCUAGACACCCCACAGGACUGCCCGGCUUCACUGCCCUGUGCCGAGGGCUGCGAGUGCCAAAAAGGCCACGUCCUGAGCGGAGCCUCCUGUGUGCCCUUCAGCCAGUGCGGCUGCACCGACUCCCGGGGCUCCUACUACGCGGUUGGGGAGAGCUGGUACACGGACACUAGCUGCUCCAGGCUGUGCUUCUGCUCCAGCCACAACAUCUCCUGCCUCGACACCUCCUGCAAGCCUGCACAACUGUGCUGGGCCCUGCAUGGGCUCAUACGCUGCCGGAGUUCGGGGAUGGGAGUGUGCCGGAUCGCAGACAAGGCCUACUUUGUAAGCUUUGAUGGCCGUUAUCAUGCCAUCAGGGGCACCUGUGCUUACGUCCUGAUGAAAACAUGUCAAUUCACCACGGACCUGCCCUUCUUCAAGAUCAGUGGCGAGAACGAGGAGAGGGAAGGCCACUCCCCUGCUUUCUACCUCCGCCAGCUCAAUUUUAGCGUCUAUGAUUCCCUGAUCACCCUACAAAAGGACCACCAUGUGCUGAUCAAUGGCAAACAGGUCACCCUUCCCUCCAACAACCGGGUCAAGGGUGUCAACAUCUAUGCCAGUGGCACCCACACCGUGCUCAGACAUUUCAUUGGGGUGGAAGUCAAGUUUGAUGGCAGAGGGUCCUUACAGAUCGAAAUCCCUAGAGCCUAUUACGGAAAGGUCUGUGGCAUCUGCGGGAACUUCAACGACGAGGAAGAGGAUGAAUUAAUGAUGCCCAAUGACGAACUAGCGCAGAAUGACAUUGAUUUUGUGCACAGUUGGCAAGAUAAGGAGGCCAACCCAAAUUGCAAAAGCGACGAACUAAUAGGUGAGCAGAUGAAGACCAGAGCAGGAUACCCGGAGACUCAGAAUGCAAACUGCAAGCCGUCUAGCCUAAUGAGAGCCAUGAAGAACUGCAAAGUGGCCUUUCAGACUCCGGCUUGGACCAGGUGUGCCGCCCACGUGGCCCUCACGCCCUUUCUGCUGGACUGUAUGCACAACCUCUGUGAGUUCGAAGGCCCAACCCAUGCCCUCUGCGACUCUCUGCAAGCCUUCGGGGCCGCCUGCCAGGCCCGGGGGCUCAAGCCGCCAAUCUGGAGAAACAGCUCUUUCUGCCCUCUGGAAUGCCCCUCCCACAGCACCUACACGUCCUGCGUUCCCUCCUGCUCGCGCUCCUGCUGGGACAUGGAAGGCCAGUGUGAUGAGACGAAAGUUCCCUCCACCUGUGAGGAGGGCUGCAUCUGCCUGCCUGGCUACGUGCUCAGCGAGCAGCAGUGUGUGCCCAGGACUCAGUGCAGCUGCAGGGAUGCCCAGGGCCGCUCCCUCCCCACAGGGAAAACCUGGCUCUCCAAUGGCUGCACCCAGAACUGCACCUGCAGAGCAGGAGCCAUUCAGUGCCAGCCCUUCGUCUGCCCCUCUGGCUCUCACUGCCAGUCCAGCUCCAACGGCAGCAGCACCUGCGCCCUCCACAAGUUGGAACGUUGCUCGGUCUUCGGAGACCCCCAUUACCACACGUUCGAUGGCGUUAGCUACCACUUCCUGGGCCGCAUGACCUACAUUCUGGUCAAGACCGUGGACACGCUCCCCAGGAAUGUGGAGCCCCUGGCCGUGGAGGGACGCAACAAAGUGCACAUGCCCCUCGGCCAGAUCUUCCUGCAGGAGGUCAUUGUGAUCGUCUACGGCUACACAGUCCAGCUCCAGGCUGAACUGCAGCUCGUGGUCAAUGACCAGAAGAUGGACACCCCCUACAACCCCAACAAGCAGCUGCAGGUCAUCAUUCGGAGCCAACGGCUGUAUCUGAUCACUGAUUUUGAGUUGACUGUCAGCUUUGAUGGGAAGGACAAUGCAGUGAUCUCCCUGCCCAGCACGUACCUGGGGCUGGUGAGUGGCCUGUGCGGGAACUUUGACAAGAACCAGAACAAUGAAUUCAUGCUGCCCAAUGGUGCCCUCACUCAGAACCUCAUCAAUUUUGGCAACAGCUGGGAGGUGAAGACCAAGGGAGGCCUCCCCCGCUUCUCAAGGUCCAUCCGAGAGGAGGAGGAGGGAGAGGAGAAGGCAGGCUUCGGUGUGUCAGAAUGCAGCCCAGAGCAGCUGGAGCUCAUCAACAGCACCCAGGCCUGUGGGGUGAUGGCGGACCCCCUGGGCCCCUUUGCCGCCUGCCACCAGACUGUGGCCCCGGAGCCCUUCCAGCAGCACUGUGUGUUUGACCUGUGCGUCACCCGGGACCCUGAGGAGCAGGAGGAGCUGCGCUGCCACGUUCUCAGCGCCUACGCCAUCAUCUGCCAGGAGGCAGGCGCCACCCUGGCCAGCUGGCGGGACCACACUCACUGCGCCUUGGCGUGCCCAGCCAAUACCCUCUAUCAGAGCUGUAUGACACGCUGCCCUGCCUCUUGUGCCAACCUGGCGGCUCCCAGGGACUGUGAGGGCCCCUGUGUGGAAGGCUGUGCCAGCCUCCCAGGCUACAUCUACAGUGGUGCCCGGAGCCUCCCCCUGGCCCACUGCGGUUGCACCAACAAUGGCAUCUACUACCAGCGGGGUGACAGCUUUGUGACUGAGGAUUGCUCUCAGCGCUGCACCUGUGUCAGCCCAGAGCACCUGCUGUGUGAGCGCCUCGGCUGCAGCGUCGGGGAAAUCUGCACCCUGGGGAACCUCACUCGUGGCUGCUUCCGAGAAAGCCCAUGUCUGCGGAACCCCUGUCAGAACGAUGGGCACUGCCAGGAGCAGGGCGCCCACUUCACCUGUGAGUGUGCACUUGGUUACGGAGGAGACCUCUGCACGGAGCUUUGGGACAUGCCACUCCCCGAAAAGCCAGAAGUGUCCAGCUUUGUGGUCAUCCUGUUGGGCAUGCUGGUGCUCGUGGUGGUCAUAGUGCUGGUGGUGGUCAGAAAAUGUGUUUCCAAGAGCAAGAGGAGGAGGGUCUGCGGCCCUUCCCGGUGA